UGUUUAUUCCUCCCAGUAACAGAUGUCUUUGACACCCGGAGAUCCUCUGUACGCACGCGUGCCACCAGCCAGGUCUCCACCCUCUACCUGCAUGCGAGGAGCGCACCUGGAUCCAACGAGACGGAAGUAGUUCGCAGAGAUUGAGGAUUAACUGUGCUGACUGUGACAACUAGACAUCGGAUAACCAACUAUUGGAAUCUGCACAUUUUUGAAGAAGGAUUUCGUAAAGCUAUAACGCAAGAUGUAAUUUCAUGGACUUUUAAACUUUGAGUGGACUACAGUUCUUAUUAUGUAACGUCUCACACGGACCUCAGCUGAUGCAGCCUCGCCACAUCUCCAGAAGGAUGACAGGCUUCCGCAGGAUCCUGAGGAGGAGGUUACACCCUCUGAAGCUGGUCGUCGUCGCCCUGAUAUUCGUCACGUUUCUGUUCCUGAUCCAGUGGGAGGUGGGCAGCCAGGACAGCCAGGAGGAGCCCUGGCUGAGGGAGAUGGCUGUGAAGAGGGACGCCGUGCUGGGCAUGGUCAUGGGGGCCGUCAACAACUUCCGGGACGCCAUACCAAAGAUGCAGAUCAAAGCCCCGGUCAGGCAGCAGGGCAGUGCGGACUCCGAGUCCUGCCUGCCGGGCGUCUACACGGCAGCGGAGCUGAGGCCGGCGCUGGAGCGGCCCCCGCAGGACCCCAACGCCCCAGGGGCUUCUGGGAAGCCCUUCCACAAGGAGGGGCUGAGCGCCGCGGAGCAGAAGGAGAAAGAGCGUGGAGACGAGAAACACUGCUUCAACCUCUUCGCCAGCGACCGAAUCUCCCUGAGCCGGGACCUUGGCCCUGACACCAGACCUCCGGAAUGCAUCGAGCAGACAUUCAAGCGCUGCCCUCCCCUGCCGACCACCAGCGUGAUCAUCGUGUUCCACAACGAAGGCUGGAGCACCCUGCUGAGGACGGUAUACAGCGUCCUGCACACCUCCCCCGCCAUCUUCCUCAAGGAGAUCAUCCUGGUGGACGACGCCAGCGUGGACGAGGUGUUGAAGGACGAGUUGGACGAGUACCUGAAGCGUCUCCAUAUCGUGCGCGUGGUAAGGCAGAGGGAGAGGAAGGGCCUCAUCACCGCCCGCCUGCUCGGAGCCUCCGUGGCCAGCGGAGACACCCUCACCCUCCUAGACGCUCACUGUGAGUGCUUCAGUGGCUGGCUGGAGCCUCUGCUGGCCAGGAUAGCGGAGAACAACACGGCCGUGGUGAGCCCCGACAUCACCACCAUCGACCUCACCACCUUUGAGUUCAUGAAGCCGUCGCCGUACGGACAGAACCACAACCGCGGGAACUUUGACUGGGGCCUGUCGUUUGGCUGGGAGGGCCUGCCAGACCGGGAGAAGCACAGGAGGAAGGAUGAAACCUAUCCCAUCAAGACACCAACUUUUGCCGGAGGGCUCUUCUCAAUCUCUAAGGACUACUUCUAUCACAUCGGGAGCUACGACGAGCAGAUGGAGAUCUGGGGCGGAGAGAAUAUCGAAAUGUCGUUCAGGGUGUGGCAGUGCGGGGGGCAGCUAGAGAUCAUCCCCUGCUCCACGGUGGGCCACGUGUUCAGGACCAAGAGCCCCCACAGCUUCCCCAAAGGCACGCAGGUCAUCGCUCGCAACCAGGUCCGCCUGGCGGAGGUGUGGAUGGACGAGUACAAGGAGAUCUUCUACCGGCGCAACCAGCAAGCGGCGCAGAUUGCUAAAGAUAGAGCUUUCGGAGACCUUUCCAGCCGCGUGGACCUCCGCGAGCGUCUGCAGUGCCAGAGCUUCUCCUGGUAUCUGAAGAACGUCUACCCUGAGGUGUUCAUGCCCGAUCUCAACCCGCUCUACUUUGGCUCGGUGAAGAACCUGGGGAAAGACUCGUGUCUGGACGCAGGAGAGAAUAACGAGGGGGGGAAGCAGCUCAUCAUGUACCCGUGCCACGGCCUCGGAGGAAACCAGUAUUUCGAGUACUCCACGCACCAUGAGAUCCGACACAACAUCCAGAAGGAGCUGUGUCUCCAGGGGGUGGAUGGGGCCCUGAAGCUGGAGGACUGCCAAUUCAAAGGCAGGAGCACGUCCGUGGGGCCAGAGCAGAGGUGGGAGGUGAAGGAGAACCAGCUGUUCUUCAUGCCAGGACUGAACCUGUGUCUGACAGCCCGCCACGGGUCGCCUGCCUUAGCCUCCUGCAACCCCUCUGACCGCUUCCAGCUCUGGGUCUUCACCUGAGGGCGGUCUCCUGUCCCCCCCUGAGGGCGGUCUCCUGUCCCCCCUGAGGGCGGUCUCCUGUCCCCCCUGAGGGCGGUCUCCUGUCCCCCCCUGAGGGCGGUCUC